AUGCAAAAUAUGGCUGAACUUUCUUUUGCAGAAAAUAGACUAGAAGGACCUAUUCCAGAGUCAUUCGGGAAUAUGGUCGCCUUGGAAUCAUUGGACUUGUCUCAUAACAAGCUAUCUGGUGUCAUUCUCAAAUCAUUGGUAGCUCUUUCAAAUCUGAACUAUCUCAACGUAUCUUACAACAGAUUGAGUGGUGAAAUUCCAAUUGAAGGUCCUUUUUCGAACUUCUCUUAUGAUUCAUUCCUUUCAAAUGAGGCAUUAUGUGGUGCUUCUAGGUUGCAGAUACCAGCAUGUAGGUCUAGUUCUCCUCAUAGGAAAAGAAAAAAGAAGGUGCUUCUUAUUGUGCUGAUCUCACUGGUGGCUGCUUCAAUAAUAAUGCUCUCAGUCACGCUCACCGUCUUUUUGGUGAUUAGAAGUCGAAAGAGGAAAACAAUAAUUGCUACUCAUCAGGCGGAUUCUUCUCCAGCCACAAUACAUGGAAGAGUUUCAUACCAUGACCUUCAACAAGCAACCAAUGGAUUCAGUCCGAACAACUUGCUCGGAUCUGGAAGUUAUGGAUCUGUUUACAAAGCAACAUUUGAGAGUUCUAUAGUGGCCGUUAAGGUAUUCAACUUGCAAACAGAAGGUGCAUUCAAGAGCUUUGACACAGAAUGUGAAGUCUUGCGCAACCUUCAUCACAGAAAUCUGACCAAAGUCAUUAAUAGUUGCUCCAGAGUUGAUUUCAAAGCCUUGGUAUUAGAGUACAUGCCUAAUGGAAGCCUAGAUGAUUGGCUUCAUUCUGCAAAUUGUUCCUUAGAUAUCAUGUAG